AAACAUUCCAAAUUCGAGAAAUGUAGUGACGUCCUGACUCCACGGUCGUAAAUUGUGUUUUCUGUCCAUUUUCGAGGCGGAAAAGCUUCGAUAUGGCUUCAGAUAAGCGAGUGUUCAGUUUAGAGGCCCCACAUGGACCUGGGGGGGUUUUCUUCACAUGGCAAAAGGCAUCUGGUGGAUUCUUGGCCACGACUGGAUACAACCAGGUCGUCAACAUUUACGACCGGCAUGGAAAUCUCAGAGAACAGAUCCAUUUACCUGGAGUGUGCUCAGGGUUUGGCUGGGAUAAAGAUGGUGCUCUUCUCUCCAUUAUCAAUGACCGAUCCCCAUUGGUACAUGUCUGGGAUGCGAAUUCUGGCCGGGUACAGCACCUGGACUCAGGACUACGAGACACACUCACCUUCUUGGCUUGGUCUCGGACAGCUCCCCUUCUUGCUGUUGGCACUGCUAAGGGAAACCUCAUGAUCUACAACCAUCAAACAUCAAGGCGGAUCCCAGUGGUGGGUAAACAUAGCCGUAAAAUCCAGAGUGGAUGCUGGUCAUCUGGCAACCUCCUUGCCUUAGGUGGUGAGGAUAAGAUCCUUACCAUCAGCAGUAGUGAGGGAGACACUCUACGCACCUCUCCACUUCGAGGGGAACCUUCCGACAUCCAGUUUUCAGAGAUGAAGCAGGACGAGAGAGCGAUGACAGAGAAUACUGUAAGCCUUAUUGUGGCAAAAAAGACCCUGUUUUUAUACAACCUGAAUGACCCAGAAAAUCCUAUUGAAUUAGCCUUCCAGAACAGAUAUGGCAGUAUUGUGGCUUACAAAUGGUAUGGUGAUGGGUACAUUCUCCUUGGGUUCUCGGGUGGAUAUUUUGUGGUCAUAUCCACACACUUGAAGGAGAUUGGUCAGGAGCUCUUCCAGGCCAAGAAUCACCGUGACGUUCUCACUGACAUAGCCAUAUCCACCACCCUGAGCAAGGCUGCGUCAUGUGGAGACAAUGUUAUCAAGAUCCAUGAGCUUGCUGACCUGAAGGAGACUUUUUCUGUCAUCACGCUGGAUGAUGAGAGAGGCUUAGAGUGGCUUGAGUGGUCUGAUGAUGGCCAGUUGUUAGCCGUUGCUACUCCUUCAGGAAAUAUUCAUGUAUAUUUGACAAAGUUACCGGUUCUGGGAGGUGCUCAUGGAACGAGAGUGGCUUACCUCACCUCUCUCUUGGAAGUUACUGUCGCCAAUAUUGUGGAAAAGGAACACCCAGUGACAGUAAGUGUGGAUGUGGAACCAAAUUUCCUGGGUGUUGGUCCAUAUCACCUGAUGGUGGGCAUGAACAAUCGAGCUUGGAUAUAUACUCUCGGGGAAGAUACCACAAUGCUCCUUCGUGACCGGGAGUACCUGGGCACCAUAAGCUCUGUCCGAGUGAACACUGAUUAUGCAUCUGUUCUUUACGAGGGCAAGAUACAGUUUCAUUUGCUUGAGGGGGAAACUGGAGAAGACGAGGAAAGGGAAUCACGACUCUUCCCAGGGAAUGAUCAGGCAGAGAUGCACAUCACCGACCAUGCCCUUACAGCUGAUUUCCUCAUAUAUGCCUCAGAUAAUGGAGGAAUAUAUUUCUUCUUCAUUGAGGAUUGGCGCAUAGUGAGCGACUAUCGCCACACUUCAGGAAUCAAGAACAUAUAUGCUGAACCCUCCGGGCGGCGGCUUGUGUUAGUUGAUGAGAAAGGGGAAGGAUAUAUAUACAAUCCAGUGGCAGAUGAUCUCCUUGAGAUUCCCGAGUUUCCGGGGUCCUGCAAAGGAUGCCUGUGGGAGAACUAUCCCAGCGACCGACAUGUCUUCAUUCUUUAUGAUGAAAAGCAACUGUACACAUACAUCCUUCAUCAGGAACAUAUCAAAGGUAAUCAUGUUGAAUUGGUGGGCAUGACUAAAAUUCCACCAAGUCAAGUUCCCCUGUUACUCUAUAAUGGGGAGGUGACUCUUCAAACUGCCUCUGGAAGGACAGCUCCUCUUAUCCUCUCCUCUCAUGAAAUGGAAGCGAACAUUCAUGACUACUCCCAUGAACAACUACGCACAGCACUCAAGAAGAAUAUUUCUCUCAGAAGAUUCAAGGAUGCAAGUGCCAUCUGCCAAGUGUUGAAUAAUAAGGAAGACUGGGUGGUCCUAGGAAAGGCUUGCCUCUGGUGCAUAAAUCUGGAUCUUGCAAUACGAGUGUACCGACAGCUGGGUGAUGUGGGAAUGGUAUGGUCAUUGCAAAGCCUUAUGGAUAUUGAAGAUCCAAAGUUACUGAGUGGACAUUUAGCAAUGUAUCUUGGUGACUUCAACACAGCUCAGGAAUUGUACCUGACCUCCAGCACUCCUGUAGCAGCUUUAGAGAUGCGAAGAGACUUGCUUCACUGGGACCAGUCCCUUCAUCUGGCCAAGAAAUUGGCUCCGGACCAGAUCCCUUACAUCUCAAGGGAGUAUGCGCAGCAGCUUGAGUUUACAGGUGAUUACCCAGGAGCUCUGACACACUAUGAAAGGGGAGUUGUGAACACAGGUGGAUCAGAGGAACACAAUGCAGCAUGUAAAGCUGGCAUUGCACGAACAGCUCUUCGAUGUGGUGACAUUAGGCGUGGUGUCAAUAUUGCUGCUGAGAUGAAUUCCAGGAUGCUGAAGAAGGAAUGUGCUGAGAUUCUUGAGAAUAAAAAGCAAUAUGCAGAAGCAGCAGUAUUGUAUGAAAGCGGCAACUACCAUGAGAAAGCAGCAAGUCUGUACAUACGAUUGAAGAACUGGACAAAAGUUGGGCAACUGCUUGUAAAUAUCAACUCACCAAAAAUGCAUCUACAGUAUGCCAAAGCCAAGGAAGCAGAUGGCCAGUAUAGAGAGGCAGCCACGUAUUACGAGUCAGCAAGAGACUACGAGUCAGUCAUCCGCCUCCUCCUGCACAACCUCAAGUCCCCAGAAGAAGCAGUGAGGAUCGUUCGAGAGACCAAGAGCGUGGAAGGGGCCAAGAUGGUGGCCAGAUUCUUCCAAAAGCUGAAUGACUACAGUUCAGCCAUUCAAUUCCUGGUGCUCUCCAAGUGCACAGAUGAGGCAUUUCAGCUGGCACGCACACACGGGAAGAUGGAGCUGUAUGCAGAUAUCCUGGGCUCAGAUGCCACGCCAGAAGACUACAAGAGUGUGGCACUUCAUUUCGAUAAUGAGCGCAACCACUUCUUGGCUGGGAAGUUUCACUAUUUGUCUGGAAAUUAUCCAAAGGCAGUGAAACAUCUGAUUAGGGCAGCUCAGAGUUCAGGAAGCGAGGACACAGAAAGCAUUCAGCUCGCCAUUGAUGUGAUUGCGGCAGCGAAUGACGAUGGCUUGACACGACAACUGAUUGACUUUUUGAUGGGAGAGAUUGAUGGGAUCCCAAAAGAUGCCAAGUUCCUUUUCCGACUGUAUAUGGCCAAAAAGCAGUACAAAGAAGCAGCCAAAACUGCUAUUAUCAUUGCAAGAGAGGAACAGAAUUCAGGCAAUUACCGCCAUGCUCAUGAUGUGCUCUUCGGGAUGUAUGGAGAACUUAGGCGACAGAAAUUGAAGAUUCCUGCUGACAUGAGGUCAGCUCUGUUACUGCUGCAUUCCUAUACCUUAGCACGGCUUCAUGUUCGUCGGGGAGACCAUCUUAAAGCAGCCAGGAUGCUCAUUAGGGUGGCCAACCACAUUUCUAAAUUCCCUGCACACAUGGUCCCUAUUUUGACAUCUACUGUCAUUGAAUGCCAGAGAUCAGGUCUGAAAAAUUCCUCAUUCAACUUUGCUGCCAUGCUGAUGCGACCUGAAACACGAGGGCAGAUUGAUGAGAAGUACAAGAAGAAGAUUGAGGCCAUUGUGCGCAAACCUCAGCGUUCAGAGGAAGAUGAGCCCAGUUCCCCAUGCCCGUACUGCUCAAGCCCAGUGGAAGAGACAGUACUGGAGUGUGGGCAGUGUCAGAAUACACUGCCAUACUGCAUUGCCACGGGACGGCACGUUCUAUCGGAUGACAUCACAUUCUGCCCGAAUUGCAAGUUCCCAGCCAUCAGGACUGAACUCUUGAAAAUGGCAGAGGAUGGGGAGGAGUGUCCUAUGUGUAGUGCAGCGUUAGAAUCGGAUAAACUCGAAAUGGCUAGCAACUGGAAGUCUAUUGUUGAUGCAGAAAGUGAAGAUUAAAUUGUAUUUGAUACUUGCAUACAGAUGACAUAUACAUAUAUAAUAUAUGUAUGUAUGCGCACACAUGCAUGCACACACACACAAAAUAUAUAUAUGUUAACAGAAUAUAUGUAAAUUUGAGCAUGUGGAUGAUUUAUAUGAUAAUAUGAAACAGGAGGCACAGUAAAUAUUAGUUGAUUUCCGUCCAGGAUUUUAAUACAUUUAUUUGAUCUGUAAAAAUGUGAUAGAGUAUUUUAACACUUUCCCUACACUGAUUAAAAUGUUUUUGUAUCUUUUUAUCAAUUAUACAUAUAUGAAAUAACAAAUUACCAGUUAUAUUUUACUAAUUUUGAAUUAGCAGUAUUGAUAUGUAAGAAACAUUGUAAGUGUUACCAUAUAAUCUGAAAUAAUUUACUGCACAAGAGUCAUGACAAAAGGCAUAGGGUUUGGUCAUAAUUUCUUUGUUGCAGACAUAAAUUGUGAUACACAUUACUGGAAGCACACUAUCACAGGAAGCAAGUGAUAAUAUCAUUAUGAUAAUGUUUGUAUAUCAACUAUAACAUGUAAUGCACAUUCCUAAAAACACAUGAUUGACUGAAUAUCAUGGACAUAUAAUGUUAUAAGAUAAUGCUUAAUACAUGCAAUUUACUAUAUUAAUUUUAGUCUUACGUGCACUUUUAAUUUGAAGUAGAGAUUAUUAUUUUAAAUUGUCUUUUAUAGACUUUUUUGAUGAAAAAAUUAUACCAUUGAUUGUCCUUGAGUUUGUCGUUCUUAUUUAUAUAUUUAUUUAUUCAUUUAUUUAUCAUUAAACAGCAAAACUUUUGUAUUAUGCAGGGUGCUGUUCAUGUUAUAAAAUCAAAUACAUAACAUAUGUAUUAACUACAAUAGACAAGAGUCUUACAUCGGUACACUGGUUUCUGUGAGCUCAUUUUCAUCAAGUAAUCUCGCAAGGUGUCUGAAUUCCAUAUUAUGGGAUGAAAAUAUGUUACUUCUAAACACAUGUGAUAAUGCAUGCUAGUCAUAACCGUUAUAUAAUGUGCUAGUCAUAACACAGCCAUAAUAGAGACAAUAUUUAAUACAUAGAAGUAAAAGUUGUAAUAUUUUAAAAUGACUUUUUUUUUAUUAUUAGAAGCACAAGUACUUCGUGGAUAUCAAAGAAUGUGAUAUUUAUUGGUAUAAAGCACAGCAUUAUGUGAUACUGAUUAUAAUUUCACAUAUAAAGCACUAUAAGGAGUAUUCGUCCUGGAGUCAAAUAAACUAUUACCACAAUUCCU